UAUUGCUAGCCGGAUAAGCCGCAAACGAAAGUUUGAGACGAAUCCCAAACAGAUUGAUUUUUAAACGAACUGCACUAGGUAGUGAGUACAAUCCAAUUCUUCCUACUUAUAUGUAGGGCGCCUAUAUAGGGACUGUGAUGUGAUUCGGAACACAGUCAUAGUUAAACUUCCCUUAUCCCACCUUAAACGUUGUUUCUCGCUUCGGGAAAGGGAGUCUGCGGUUCAACUGGCAGGAGACAGAAGGAUAAAAUGGUUUCGUGGAUUAUAUCCAGAGUUGUUGUGCUUCUCUUUGGCACACUGUAUCCAGCAUAUUACUCCUACAAAGCAAUCAGGACCAAGUGUGUAAAAGAAUACGUGCGGUGGAUGAUGUACUGGAUCGUGUUUGCUCUCUAUACUGUAGCAGAGACGAUCGCGGACCUCUCCAUAGCAUGGUUUCCGCUGUAUUACGAGUUGAAAAUGUUCGUGGUGAUGUGGUUGGUGUCGCCGUACACCAGAGGAGCCGGUCUGAUCUUCAGGAAGUUCCUGCACCCGAUGCUGUCCUCGAGAGAGAGGGAGAUAGAUGAUUACAUCGUUCAGGCCAAAGAGAAGAGUUAUGAGACCAUGGUGAAUUUCGGAAGGCAAAGCCUCAGCGUCGCUGCGUCAGUCGCUGUCACUGCUGCUGUCAAGGGACAGGGUGCCAUCAGUGAACGUCUACGGAGCUUUAGUAUUCCUGAUCUCACCCAGGUUCCAUCCGGCCAAUCAGCAUUUGGGAAACCUUUGAAGCUGGGUACAGAUCUCAGCACCCAGGGCUCUGAAUACGAACAGGCAGGACACGGGGAGGAAGUAGAUGGAACGUUUUCAGAAGACGACUCCUCUGCGAAGGGUCUGCGCAGAACUCAGAGUGUGAAGAUGAGUCGUGCCAAAGCUAUACGCAAAGAGUCUCGUUACAGCUCCCUGAAAAUGAAAACCAGGAGGAGGCCAGUGAUCGCUGCCAACACAUUUGAACAGCCAUGACCAACAGGAAACACACCAGAAAACAGCUUGGAUCAUCCAACUAGGCAAAACCACAAAACCUUUACACGCACAAGCCGAGUCUUUUUCACAGCACACUCCUGAGGACCUUUUGUCUGAACAGGCCUGGUCAUUAUGUGUCACUCAAUAAACUUUCCCUGAAAAUUAAUGCACCAGCAACGUACGAGCGAUUAGUCAUUCACAUCAGCACCACCCACUAAACAACCACAAAACCGCCCAGGUAUGAACAAGCCGAGUCGUCCCUCAGCACACGCCUGAUGAGCUGUGGUAUGAACAGAGCUGUUUAUCCUGCAACACACACCAUGGGAAACCUCUAUAUGAAAAAGUCCUGUGAGUGUUUAAUAUAGGAUGGAGGUUUAUUACAAAAAAGGGGCAGAUUGCGCAAUAACACACCACAUUCCACAGAAGCAUCUGUAUCUACAAGUCUGGUCUUUCGCCACUGAUGACUCUGAUCAUCAAACAGUACACUAAUGGGAAGCAUCUACUGUAUUUGCUGAUUUUGGUCAUUUUGUAACACCUUACAGGGAGCCUCCAUAUCAACAAGUCUAUCAAUCUGGAACACACAGAAGGAACUUAGGAACAUAUGAUCCUGCAGUACAACACAUCACAAGAACAUCCGUGCCGACCGACCUGGUCAUUCUGUAAUUCAUGUCCGACAAACCUAACACUCUGAACUGUGUCUGUGUAACAGAGAGGCUCAUUUUACCUAAAGAGCCUUUAUGAACAGUCCUGAUCAUAACAAAAUACUAAUAAGCAUUUACUGGGAUAAACCCUGUCAUUACAUAAUACAAAUCUUUGGAGUCAUUGUAUGAGCAAGCUUUGUCAUUCCAUAACACACCUGAGGAUCCUCUACAUGAAAGGGCUUUGUCAUUCCGUAUCACACCUGAGGAUCAUCUACAUCAGGGGUGUCCAAUCUUAUCCGCAAAGGGCCGGUGUGGGUGCGGGUUUUCAUUCCAACUGAGCAGAGGUCAGGUGUAGCUUCUGCAUGGCUGGAAUGAAAACCUGCACCCACACCGGCCCUUUCUGGAUAAGAUUGGACACCCCUGCUCUACAUGAAAGAGCUUCGUCAUUCCAUAACACACCUGAGAAUUCUCUAUAUUGGGGGCUUUGUCAUUCUGUAACGCACCUGAGGAUCGUCUACAUGCAGGGAUGUCGUCAUUCUGUAACACACCUGAAGAUCCAUUACAUAAAGGGGCUUUGUCAUUCUGUAACACACCUGAAAUUCCUUUAUAUGAAAGGGCUUCAUCAUUCCGUAACACACCUGAGAUUCCUUUAUAUGAAGGGGCUUCAUCAUGCCGUAACACCCUUGACGAUCCAAUACAUGAAGGGGCUUUGUCAUUCCGUAACGCACCGGAGGAUCCUCUAUAUGAAAGGGCUUCGUCAUUCAAUAUCACACCUGAGGAUCUUCUAAAUUAAGGGGCUUUGUCAUUCCGUAACCUACCCUAAAAGACUCUGUAUGAAUGGGUUUCAUCAUUCCAUAUAACACUGGAGGAUCCUCUACGUUAAAGGGCUGUCAUUCUGUAAACACACACCUGACGACCUUCUAUAUGAACAACCAUUGUCAUUCUGUAACACGCCGCUGAGGAUGAUGACAUCGUUCAUCAUUUCAUAACAAACCCAAGAAGUUUAUAAUUGACCAGGCUUCGUCAUUCUGUAAUCCACAUCCGAGGAGUUUAUACAUGAAAGAUUUCGUCAUUUCAAAACAAACCCAAGGACCUUCCAUAUGAAUGGGCUUCGUCAUUCUGUAACCCACAUCUGCUGAGCUCAUAUAUGAAUGGGAUGCGUCAUUGUAAACAUAGAGGUCAGUUCAUCCUCUAUAUGAAUUUGCUUCGUCAUCACAUAACAAACACAACCGAGGAUCCUCUAUAAGAAUGGGCUUCGUCAAUAUGUAAACACACUCAAGGAGUCUUGAUAAAGACUUCCGUUGUCCUGAUCAAUACACGGAUGGGAAGCAUCACUGGACAAACCUUUACAUCAUAACACAAAUCCUUAGAGUCAUUCUGUAACACACCUGAGGAUCCUCUAUAUGAACAGACUCCGUCAUUACAUCAACACACCUGUCCAGUUAGCUCCUUAAAACAGUAUAAAACCUAUCGCAAGUGUUUAUCAUUAAUCUCUUAACCUCUCCCUCCCAGUACAGGUCUAAAUGCUGAACUGGUAUAUGAUGACAUCUUUGUGUGACGUUGACUGACAUUUCUUUAAUUUAUGCAGCGUAAUGUCUUUGUUUCCCAUCUCAAGCACUUUCUUACCUAUGUGGCCUAGCAACAUUAUAGCAAUAUCAGAUCGGAUCAGACACUGGCACACACACAUCUUAUUUAUUUACUGAUAUUUAGACCAAGAACCAAAAUACUAAUAACAUUUAUUUUCACUAUGCAUUGAGAAAAUCCAUGAAUUACUAAUCUUCAUUCAUGUGUCACGGAUACUGGUCUUUUUUAUUUCAUCAGUCAGCUAGUAGUCAUGAGAUCGAACCAAAAAGUGGCCUUUAAUUCCUUAUUGCAGCUUUUAAGCAGUUUCAGGUCCACUGCUUUAACAUUCCUAAUAUUCAGCACUUCUCCAACACCUACUUGACCUACUUGUUGCUCUCAGACAUGCGUGAGUGGACGCAGUAACGCUCCACAGAUUGUUUACUAUUUAUUCUUUGUGCAUAUCUUUCUUGUCUUGUAGUAGUGCUUAGUUUAGGGCAUGUGCAGAUAAUUUAAUUCAUGCAAUUAUCAACCCAAUAAUUUUAAGGUUUUCAUUUGAAAUUUAUGUAAUUCUUCAACUUUCAGAGAUCUGCCUAGGUGUCCCAUAACUCUACUCACUGGAUGAAAAUGUCCUAUGGAAACUAUAUCAGAGCCAUGUGGAAUAAAAUAAACUGUCAGUAAUGUCUACAAACCAAUGCCAUACAUGUGAAACUGUUUUAUUGUGAAUUUCAUCAUUCCGGCUCGAUUCCCAGAGGCGUAACUCAACACUCAAGUACUACACAACAAAUUUGAUCACACAUUUCAUUGAAAUCUAAUUUUAUUAGGAAAAUGAAGCAAGUGCUCCACUGUGUGGGAUCCGUUUAUCCGUCACUCGUCUGUUAAUGCCUGAGUGUAAUUGGUGUAAUUGGUGUAAUUUUGUCAGCAGAUUGUGACAAGACUUCAACUAGAUUUCAUCUCUGUGUGAGUAGACCAAUCGUAAAUUUUACAACCAAAGCAAAUGUUGUAUCUGUAUUUGAUGUGAAAGUAGAUUUGGAUAAAAAAAAGAAAAAAAUGACACUCAGUAAUUUUAGAGUUCUGUGGCUUUGAUUCACGCAUGUGUUUUUAGAACCAACCAUUUAGUAGAACAUCGCAAACUGUUAUAAAUUGAUCACGUCUAUCGAUCAUCAGACUCGUCGAUGUGAACUGAAUGUACAGAACAGAUUCACGUUAAGCUCCGGUUUAGAAUCGAAAUGAUUUGGGUUGCAUUUAUGCAUUGAGUCGUGAUUGUCUAGUCUAGUCCUGAACUGCACCGCAUAUUGAAAUCCUGUGUAACUUGUGGAUUAGACUGUCCUGAUUGUUCAGAAAGAUGACCUAAUUGUUUAGUUUCAAAUUCAUGAACAGACUAAAACUAUUCUUAUGCUUUUUUUUCCAGAAAAAAAUUAUUUGUAAAGACCCAAAAACAAUUGUAUGUUAAAAUGUGUUGCAUUAUAUUGUUAGUUUUUGCCACUACAGUGUUUUUUCUCCCUAAUAUGUGUGUAUAUGUGCCCUUCUGCCCUAUAUUCCACUAGAUCCUAUAUAUAUAUAUGUAUAGAGAGAGAGAGAGAGAGAGAGAUGCUUUGUAAAAUGCCACCUUUAUUCAUUGCGAGUUAAAGCAGAGUUGCUAAUAAGACAAAACACUAACCUGAUCCACUAUGUGCUCUCUGACGAGUGAGACAGCUGAUGUGAAGGCCAGCGUCCACCGUCCACCAUCCGGCACGUCCACUCUGAGCGAGCCUGAAUGUCUCUGCAUUGAUUGUUAAAUAAAGUUUACACACUUUUGUUUUA